UGAGAACUUGCAGCAAUCAGAUGUGCCUUUAUAGCUAGCAUUCCUUUGGACCAUGGAUCCUAUGGAGAGCCCCCACAGCCAAAAGAAGGGGCUUUUUUCCGGGCUGCACCUGAAGAAAAAGAAGAAAGGUGACAAGGGGCUGAUCAUAGCAAACAAGGGCGCCCAGGGAAAACAUGAUGAUGCAGAAAGUCUCCAUGGUGAUGUCACAGGAAACGAAGGAGGAGCCAGUGAUGAUGGAACCCUCAUUGAUUUGUCUGCCUCAAGCUCCUCCCUUUCUUUAUGUAUGCAGAGUAAAAGAGCCAAGCUCGUGCCCAAGAUUCACGAAGGAGAGACCAAAAUCCAAACGUACCAGAUUGCCAUAACAAUCACUGAGGCCCGGCAACUGAUUGGGGAAAACAUUGAUCCUGUUGUGAUCAUUGAGAUCGGCGAUGACAAAAAGCAAACAACGGUCAAAGAAGGAACCAACGCACCUUUCUACAAUGAGUACUUUGUGUUUGACUUUAUUGGACCACAGGAGCAGCUCUUUGAUAAAAUCAUCAGACUGUCUGUGAUGCACAACAAGCUUCUAGGAAGCAUUUUAAUUGGAUCUUUCAGAGUGGAUUUGGGAACAGUUUAUAAUGAGCCAGGCCACCAGUUCUGUGACAAGUGGGCUUUGCUGACAGACCCCAGUGAUAUCCGGACCGGAGUAAAAGGGUACCUAAAGUGUGACAUCAGCGUGGCGGGAAAGGGCGACACCGUGCAGUCCUCUCAGAAAAUCAGUGAUGCGGAAGAACAGAUAGAAAAGAACUUGUUGAUUCCUAAAGGGUUUCCAUCAGAAAGACCAUGGGCCAGGUUCUACGUUCGCAUCUACAGAGCAGAAGGCCUCCCCAAGAUGAACUCCAGCAUCAUGGCCAAUGUCACCAAAGCUUUUAUUGGAGAUAGCAAAGACCUUGUGGAUCCUUAUGUGGUGGUCAUGUUUGCAGGUCAAAUGGGCCGAACCACUGCCCAGAAGAACUGUGCAGACCCGCUGUGGCACGAGCAGAUUGUAUUCAAGGAAAUGUUUCCUCCUCUGUGUCGAAGGGUGAAAAUCCAGGUCUGGGAUGAGGGGAGCAUGAACGAUGUGGCUCUGGCUACUCAUUUUAUAGACCUCAAAAAGAUUUCUGAUGAGCAAGAUGGCGACAAAGGGUUUCUCCCUACGUUUGGGCCUGCUUGGAUCAACCUUUAUGGUUCCCCCCGUAACACCACUUUGAUGGAAGACCACCAAGAACUUAAUGAAGGUCACGGGGAAGGGGUCUCAUUCAGAGGACGCAUCUUAAUAGAAAUUGCUGUUGAGAUUCUUUCCGGAGGGGCACAUGAAUCAAAAUUUUCUAAGGCUAUCAAGGAUAUGAAGCUUCCUCUUAAAGACUCCAAGUCUUCCAAAGGGUCAGGGAAAGAGAAAGGAGAGAAGGGAUCAGAAGAUGCUAAACCAACUUCAGCAGUCGAUAAAACAAACUCUAUCCAAGUGGAAGUUGAACCCUUUGAUGUGCCGCCAGAGUUUCAGGAAGAAAAGUCUGAAGAUUUUCUCCUGUUUGGAUCAAUUUUUGAAGCAACAUUGAUUGACAGGAAGAUUGGCGAUAAGGGUAUAAGCUUUGAGUGUUCUGUAGGUAAUUAUGGAAAUGUUCUGGAUGGGGUGUCACAUUCUGGAACAAAAAAAAAAUCCCCGGAACACGAGGACGGAGAAGGGGCCCCAUUGCUUCAGCCAGAGGAAGGAGAAGCAGCACCAGAAGUCUCUUUAUCAUUUAUAUCAGUUACAACACCAGAGAAACCAUUGAUCACAGAUGGAAACAGGAACUAUCAUUACUUGCCAUUUUAUGAGAGAAAGCCUUGUAUCUACGUGAAGAGCACCUGGGGAGACCAAACCUUCCGGCUGUAUUCUUCCAACAUGCUGCAGAAAAUGGCCGACCACUUGGAGGAUGGCUUGGAGCAAGUGAAAGAGCUGGUCAAGAUCUCUGAUCUAGCACCCGAGGAGAAAAUGCGUGACGUUCUAACAGAAUUCAUUAACCAGAGCAGGGCAUUCAUCUCCACAGCGGAAAAGAGAAGCAAAAUGACAAAUACCACAGCUCUGGAUAAGAAAAGAGUAACCCUGUGUAGGCAGGAGCUGGAGGCGAUGUCAGCGAACGCAAAGGCAAUUGUACAGCAGAAAAAGAAGAUGUCAUUAAGCGACAUGACGCGAGAAAUGCAGAGCUUAAUAGAUAACAUUAAGUUUCUGGUGGAUGAGCCCCAGCAUACAGUACCUGAUGUAUUUAUCUGGCUGCUGAGCAACAACAAACGAGUUGCUUAUGCCCGUAUCCCAGCAAGAGAUAUUCUCUACUCCACCGUGGCUGAAGAGAGAGGCCAUCACUGCGGGAAGAUUAAAACCCUUUUCUUCAAACUCCCUGGAAAGCGCCCCCCUGGCUGGAACGUACAGGCUAAAGUAGAUGUGUACUUGUGGCUGGGCUCCAGCAAAUAUUCCCAUUUCAUAUUUGAGAACCUACCCGGUGGAUAUGAAGUAGAGACACACUCAGCUUCUUCGGGGCAUCAUGGCUCUCCCCCUCCCGGAAACCUGGUCUACAAAUCCCAACACAUGUUCCAGCUACGAGCCCACAUGUACCAGGCAAGAGGACUGAUUGCUGCUGACACUUCUGGGCUUUCGGAUCCAUUUGCGAAGGUGACGUUUCUCUCCCACUGCCAAACAACAAAGAUUAUUUCACAGACACUUUCUCCCACAUGGAACCAGAUGCUGCUGUUUAACAACCUUGUCAUCUAUGGGGAACUGAAAGACAUAGCUGAAGACCCUCCGAAUAUAGUCAUUGAGGUGUAUGAUGAUGAUGCGCUUAGUAAAUCAGAGUACAUUGGUUCUACUGUGGCCUCCCCAACUGUGAUCUUGGCCAACCAGACCUACUCUCCAGCCAAACUUACUUAUCAUCCUUUGUUCUGUGGAAAUCUCUCUGGAGGGGAACUGCUUGCUGCCUUUGAGUUGCUACAGGUUCCUGAGUCAGGUGUGCAGAGCCUCCCACCAAUCGAGACUCCUGAUGCUGCUCAGAUCUAUCCAGUCCCAUCAAAUAUCCGCCCUGUGCUGAGUAAAUACAGAGUGGAGGUUCUCUUCUGGGGUGUGCGGGAGCUGAAGAAAGUGCAGCUUCUCUCGGUGGAUCGGCCUCAGGUGCUGAUAGAAUGUGCUGGGAAGGGAGUGAAGUCUUGCGUUAUACAGAGUUACAAAAGCAACCCCAACUUCAAUGUGAUUGGAGAUUGGUUCGAAGUGGAACUGCCCGAAAAUGAAGUCUUGCAUCCCCCUCUGAGCAUCUGCGUUGUUGACUGGAGAGCAUUUGGACGCAGCACUCUUGUCGGGACGCACACGAUCAAUUGCCUGAAGCAGUUCUUGUACAAACCCCACCGGGAGCAGACAAGUGCAAUAGUCGGGCUGGUAGCGCAGAGUCCGCCUGCUGAAAGCGCCGGACCCCAGUAUGAUUCUCCUGAUCCGGGGGAACAAGAUCAUAUCUAUGUUGACAUUGAUCCAUCUCUAAGGAAGGACAUGCCACAAAGCCGCCCUCAUUCUCCUGCGCCAUCGCCUACGGCAACUUUAGCGCCAUCUCCUACUCCGGCUACUGGCCCAGCAUCUGAUCCUGCUGCCUCUAAAGGCAAAGCCACAAAAGCAGAGAAAUCCCCUCUAAAGCAGGAUACCACCCAACAGGCUUUGGUCAGAGGGUCAUUGAGACGAUCAACCAAAAAGAAGAAAAGAACAAUAGCAGACGAAUCAGCAGAAAAUGUCAUCGAUUGGUGGUCAAAAUACUACGCAUCUGUGGAGAAGCUGCAGAAGGCCAAGGCUGCCGCCGCCGCCGCGGAGACGACGGAUUCGUCUGGCAGGACCCCGGGGCAAGUCAGUUUAACAAUUGAAGAACCAGAAAAAAAGAAGAAAGAUGGGAAAAAAGGAAUGGAAUUGGUCAAAAAGAAACCCAAAGAAGAAGGUCCCAAGCUUGCUACCCUGCAGAUCUAUAGCAAUGAACUGGAAAAUGAGUUUAAGAAUUUUGAAGACUGGGUCAGAACCUUUGAACUUCUGCGAGGGAAAUCUACAGAUGACGAGCACAGUGUCCACGAUGAUAGGAUCAUUGGCAAAUUCAAGGGAUCGUUCUCCAUAUACAAAAAUGUAGAUGACACCAACUUGAAGGAUGGCGGGCAGCUAAGGAUUCUGCAGGGAAUUCCACCCAACCAUACUGUGAAAGUCCUGAUACGGGUCUAUAUUGUGGCAGGCUUUAACCUUAGCCCGGCCGAUCCGGAUGGGAAGUCUGACCCCUACAUUGUGUUAAGACUUGGGAAGACUGAGAUCAAAGAUCGAGAUAAUUACAUCCCUAAGCAGCUAAACCCGGUGUUUGGGAGAUCAUUUGAAAUGCAAGCAACAUUCCCGAAGGACUCCAUAUUGUCCAUUGUGAUAUACGACCAUGAUAUGAUUGGGACGGACGACCUCAUUGGCGAAACAAAAAUAGAUCUGGAGAAUCGAUUCUUCAGCCGACACCGCGCCACCUGUGGCUUGCAGAGUCAAUAUGAAAUAGAGGGAUACAAUGCCUGGCGAGACUCCACCAAACCAACAGAGAUUCUGGCUAAACUUUGCAAAGACAACAAGCUGGACGGGCCCUACUUACGUCCUGGGCAGAUACAAAUUGGAGGCAAAAUAUUUACCGGUCAAACCAUAUUUAACCAAGACGAUGAGCAAGUGGAAUCGUAUGAGCAUCUUGCCCUGAAAGCUCUUCAUUCUUGGUCCGACAUUCCUGAUAUUGGGUGCAAUCUAGUCCCAGAACACAUUGAAACCCGACCCUUGUACCACAAGGACAAACCUGGAAUAGAGCAGGGGAGGAUUCAGAUGUGGGUGGACAUGUUCCCUACAGAUCUGCCGCUUCCAGGCCCUCCUGUUGAUAUUUCCCCAAGGAAGCCAAAAGGAUAUGAACUGAGAAUCAUAAUCUGGAACACAGAAGAUGUGAUAUUAGAAGAUGAGAAUAUAUUCACAGGGCAAAAAUCUAGUGAUAUCUAUGUUAAAGGGUGGCUGAAGGGAAUCGAAGACGACAGCCAGGAGACAGAUGUCCAUUACAACUCCUUAACCGGCGAAGGCAAUUUCAACUGGCGUUUUGUAUUUCCGUUCAGCUACCUCCCUGCAGAAAAACUAAUGGUGGUCAGUAAGAGAGAGAAUAUAUUUUCUUUAGAGAAGACGGAAAGGAAAAUCCCCACAGUGCUGCUGCUCCAAGUCUGGGAUUUUGACAGACUUUCUUCUGAUGACUUCCUAGGUUCUAUGGAGCUGAACCUAAACGCGUUCCAUCGGGGAGCCAAAACUGCCAAGGGCUGUGACCUGAGCAUGGCCGCCACCCCAAAGGAUGAAAACAAGAUCUCCAUCUUCCAGCAGAAGCGAAUCCGAGGCUGGUGGCCCUUUGUGAAAUCCGGAGAGCUCACUGGCAAAGUGGAGGCAGAGUUUCAUUUGGUGACAACUGAAGAAGCAGAAAAGAAUCCCGUUGGCCGUGCACGGAAAGAGCCUGAACCACUGGAAAAACCAAACCGGCCGAAUACCUCCUUUAACUGGUUUGUGAAUCCGUUUAAGUGCCUGUAUCACCUGAUCUGGAGGAAUUACAAGAAGUACAUCAUUAUCGGGCUGGUUUUGCUCAUCAUUACUCUCUUCCUGGUUCUUUUCUUCUACACCCUACCGGGCGCCAUCAGCAACAGGAUCCUGUCCGGCUAAAGCUUCAGGUUGUUCGUCCGGCUAAAGCUUCAGGUUGUUCGUCCGGCUAAAGCUUCAGGUUGUUCGUCCGGCUAAAGCUUCAGGUUGUUCGUCCGGCUAAAGCUUCAGGUUGUUCGUCCGGCUAAAGCUUCAGGUUGUUCGUCUGGCUAAAGCUUCAGGCCAUUCAUAGGGAAUCCCUCCACUGCCUCUAGGAUGAAUUUUGAAGGAACAGAACAGCAGGGAAUUCCCAAUAUUCCCUAUAUGCACUUAGCAGCUCUGUCUCCCAUUCACAUACUCUGUUGUAUUCAUAAGUAUAUUAUCCUCAAUCAGCGAGGAAAUCAGAGAAACUGCUCUUUAGCUCCCCACUGCCAGUGAUUGGAUGCUGCUUCCAUUUUAUUGAUUGGCCAAUCAUUACAGAUAAUGGCUCUUCUAAAUCGUUCCCCUAUUACUUUGUUACAGAGAGCCGCUUACCAAUGAGGCUCCAAUGUAUUCACGGACAGCAAGCGCGCACCUCCAGCUACUGGAACCUGCACCUCAUGUCAUAGAGUGUAAAGGAUUUGUAAUGUACUUUAUAAGGCAGAUUUAUUUGAUGGUUGAUUUGCCAAAUGAGUGGAUUUUUGCCCCUACUGGCUGCCCAAGUGAAAUACAGGUAUGGCGACCCUUAUCCAGAAACCGUCCAACUACAGGAAGGCCAUUUCCCAUAGAGUCCAAUUUAAACAAAUAAUUCUAAUUAUGUAAAAUGUAUUUCCGUUUUCUCUGUAAUAAUAAAACAGUACCUGUACUUGA